GACCGUGGCCCCCAGAAAACGAGACCACGGACUCCUUUCACACGCCGCUCUAGAAAAUCCACCGCCACAGCCGCCGGGCGGACGUCUUCUCCGCCUCUCACGCUCGUCGCCGCCCCCUCUAACGCAUCGCCUGUCUGCUGUCUCCACCUCGUCCGCAUCCUUGGACACUGGUUUCUCAGUGUUAGGAAUAUGCUGAAAAUUAAGAGAGCUGGUGAUGAUCUAACAGAAAGCUCCAAAAAGAACAAGAGAAUCUGCACUGACGGAGCAGAGACACUUGAUCUGUUGACUUCAGGUGAAUUACAUCCGGAUGGCAGUUCGGAAGAACCGAUUGAUAGCUUUAGUGAUUCUGGUCAAAGUGUCUGGAGUGAGCUCAGUAAAGAAGUCACCUCAAAAAUUUCUAGAACUGUUGUCUCCCUUGCUUUGUCUGAUGGACAUUCGGUGUUAUUUGCAUGCUCGGGCAUAGCCUUGCAAUGUGGGAUGCAAGCCACAAGGUUUCUGACUUCAGCAAGUUUGAUUAAAGCUUUCAAUGAUAAAAAAAGAGAAGGCCAUGAUAGCUUGAAAAUUGAAGUGUGUCGCAACGGUGAUGUUGCCAGAGGGUUAUUGGGAUACUAUGAUUUGGAUCAGGGGAUUGCUCUUGUCUACAUAGUGUUCGUCACCCUUGGUGUUCAUCCAGUGGGUCUUGAUCAUCAGGUGGAAUUGCUUCCCAGUAUGAAAGUACUAGCUGUCGCGCGUGCCAAUUCUGACACAUUAAUGGCCACAAGUGGGAUAUUACCUAAUGAUUCAAGUGGAUCUGAAGAUGGCAAACAGCUUAUGCUUUCCACUUGUAAAAUCUCUGAGGCUUGGGAAGGUGGGCCACUUUUUGAUUGUGAUGGGAACCUUUUUGGCAUGAACCUUUCUUUGGUUGCGGAAAGAACUUCCUUCGUGCCAAGGAGUACAAUUAUCAAAUGGUUGGAGAAAUUUAAGCCAAAAAGGGAAGUUGAGAGGUUCAGUUCCCACAAGGAUAUGAAAAUACAGAGGCCAGUGCAGCCCAUGCCAUAUUGCACCUAUGCAAGAGACAGAUCUGGUGAUCUAGACUCCUUGGGUUAUCCAAAGCCAUCAAAAACCAUUGUCAGUGAGGGCUUGGUUUUGGUUAAUACCUUCGAAGAGACUUUUGGUGACAUAUAUGAUUCUGGUAAAGGUAUCUGGAGCCAACUCACAGAAAUGGGUUCUCAUAGUUUACCUCGACGAGUUGUCGCACUCGCUUCAUUCAGCGGAGAAAGGAGGUUUUUCGCAUGCACAGGCUUAUUUAUUGAAUGGAAUGGAUGCACCCCCAUUCUGACUUCAGCGAGUUUGGUUAGUGAUCCUAAAGAUGGAAACAAGAUUGCUGAAAAGUUGAAGAUUGAAGUUUUGCUUCCAAACAAUAAAUGCAAAGAAGGGGAAUUGCGAUAUUGUAAUUUACACUACAAUGUUGCUCUUGUCGUUGUCAAGGAUUUCUGCUGUCUUCGUCCAGUUAGAAUUCAUGAAGAUUGGUGGAAUCCUCUAAUUCUGGAAGAUUCCAAUGUAGUAGCUGUGGGGCGCUGCUUCAAAUCUGGCAGGUUAAUGGCUGCACAUGGGAGACUAACUGACUGGUCAGGCGUGCUUGACUACAGAGAUCUUAGGUACUCCAGUUGUAAGAUCACUAAGGCUGGGAUUGGUGGGCCUCUGAUUGACUUUAAAGGGAGAUUUGUUGGCAUGAACUUCUAUGAUAAGAAAAUAGGAACCCCGUUCUUGUUCAGGGAUUGUAUUAUUCGAGUGCUGGCACAUUUUAAGGAAAAUGGGACUGUUGAAGUUGGCAGCGGUAAACCAAUCAGGUGGCCGGUGCCCAUACCGUGUUGGCGUCAUCCGGACGAUGAGCUCAAAGAUUCGCUCCCACUUGGCCACGGGGAAAAAUCUGGGAGGUAUGGAUUCACAUAUGUGGAUGGAGACAGGGUUGACAACCAUAGAUCUCGUCAUGCCCUUGAUCUGCUCCGUUGAAUUUGCGCUCUCCAUGUGUUGAACCUGUUUGUUUGAGCUGUUAGAAGUUAUCUCUCAUCAAGCCAUAUCUCAAUGUUUGGACCAAUAUUAUGGUGUUCCAUUUAUGAGAGUGAAUAUACUUCAUCUAGAGCUCUGGUGGUGUUUGCUAGUUUCUGUGGUAGCUGAACAUUUUAUGCGUCCUCGGGCAGCAUUUGCACGGGAAAGCAAACGGAGUGUAGUAAUUGUUCAUUUGUACUGUCAUUGUUGAAAUUUCUACAU